CAUGGACUAUUAAAUGUAGCCUGUGAUGACUGCACCUGGGUGAUUGAUUCUGGUGCAUCUUAUCAUAUUACUUCACACAGGGAGUACUUCUCAUCCUACACUAGUGGUGAUUUUGGCCAUGUGAGGAUGGGAAAUGAUGAUUCGUCUAAGAUCAUCGGCAUGGGUGAUGUUUGUUUAGAUACUUCCACUGGUUGCAGGUUGGUGCUCAGGGAUGUGAGGCACGUCCCGGAUAUCAGAUUGAGUUUGAUUUCAGCUGGUCUGCUUGAUGAUGAAGGUUAUGCCAACAAAUUUUGUGAUGGAAGAUGGAAACUCUCCAGGGGCAGUUUGAUUAUGGCUCGAGGUAAGAAGCAGAAUUCACUUUAUGUUAUGCAGGCCAGAGUAUGUAGCGGAGAUGCCAAUGUAGCAGAUGAUGCCUCCGGAAAGAUUAUCUCCCCGACAUUUCAGGUAUGCCUUUAAACUCUUGUGUUGAUUGUUUAGCUGGAAAACAACACAGAGUUGCAUUUCAUACUCGUCCCCCACAUAGAAAAAAGCAUGCUUUAGAUCUUGUUCAUACUGAUGUUUGCUCUAUGGAUGCUAGAUCACACCGUGGUGCACUAUAUUUUGUGACUUU